CCCUCCACACACACGCGUGCGUUACUAAUUUACAAUUUUGAAAAGGGAAUGACGAAAGAGUUAAAUGCUCGACAUCCAUUCAGUUCUUUCCUCUUGCAUUUCCAAAAUGACAGUCAGCUGACGAGAAAAGUUUUCGUUUCCGAGCCGAUAUGUUAACGACCUCAGAGAUUCAGCGAGCCUAUUGGCUCGCUCCGAUCCGUCACUGAAGCUAUAAAACUCAGCAAUGCUUUUAAACUGUACGGUAGUGUGUCGAGUUUAAAAACGCUCUCUCAGCUCGAUCUGUGUCAGCAGCAUUUUGCGCACUUCUUUUAAGUUACACUCACCCGUUUGACCACGAUGAUGUCUGCUCACGAGGAGUCACUAAAGUGUUAAAUGUUUGAAACCCAAGGCCGCCGAAAUUCACUUGUAAAGAGAGGAGAAAGAGAUCCGAUGCUUCUUUGCAAUAGACUGUGCCAACGAGAGCUCAUAAUCUGGAGUUAGAAGCGCAGUGAAAAGUCCUGUGCAGUCUUUGUUUUCCUGCUAAAAGUAAAGCAUAAAAAACAGCAAGCUGGCUCACUCUCUCCCGAUCCAGCCGGCGUUGACAGCAGCUCUUCACCCGCUCUGGAGGACGGUCAGCAGCAAGAGGAUGGCAUCAGAGUUGGCACUGAGCAGCUCCGACCUGCCCACCAGUCCCCUGGCCAUGGAAUAUGUUAAUGACUUCGAUCUGAUGAAGUUUGAGGUGAAGAAAGAGCCACUGGAGCCCGAUCGCAGCAUCAGCCAGUGCAGCCGUCUGAUCGCCGGGGGCUCCCUGUCUUCCACCCCGAUGAGCACGCCCUGCAGCUCGGUUCCCCCUUCCCCAAGCUUCUCGGCGCCCAGCCCUGGCUCCGGGAGCGAGCAGAAGGCGCACCUAGAUGAUUUCUACUGGAUGACCGGUUAUCAGCAGCAGCUCAACCCGGAGGCUUUGGGCUUCAGCCCCGAGGAUGCGGUUGAAGCGCUGAUCAACAGCACACAUCAGCUCCAGAGCUUCGACGGCUAUGCUAGAGGGCAGCAAUUCAGUAGCGCAGCCGGGGCGGGAGGCACCAUGCCCGGAGAGGAGAUGGGAUCAGCCGCCGCGGUGGUGUCCGCAGUCAUUGCCGCCGCUGCAGCGCAGAACGGGGCUCCUCACCACCACCACCACCAUCAUCACCACAGCCACCACCAGCAGCACCAAACUCCCGGGGUCCAGUCCAGCAACAACUCUUCUAGCACCCACCACCAGCACUCCCACCUGGAUGACCGCUUCUCGGACGAGCAACUCGUUACCAUGUCCGUGCGGGAGCUCAACCGCCACCUGCGCGGCGUCAGCAAAGAAGAGGUGAUCCGACUCAAACAGAAGAGGAGAACCCUCAAAAACAGAGGCUAUGCCCAGUCGUGUCGCUACAAGAGGGUCCAACAGAGGCACGUAUUGGAGGGCGAGAAGACCCAGCUCAUGCAGCAGGUGGACCACCUCAAACAAGAGAUCUCGAGACUGGUGCGUGAGAGAGACGCGUACAAAGAGAAGUACGAGAAGCUCGUGAGCAGCGGCUUCCGAGAAAACUCGUCGAGCAGCGACAACAACCCCUCAUCCCCGGAGUUUUUCAUCCGAAGGAUUCUUCCCCCAUUACCAUCCCAUGCCUUCCGCUUGCAGUUUUGUGACUUUACAUGAGAACUAUAUAAAGAGACAUUGUUAAAGUGCCUGCAUGCUGGACAUGUAUGGUCUUUUUGUUCUUUCUUUAUUCCUCCUCUGUUUUUUUUUUAUGCUUUUGAAAAUGAACUUCUACUUGGAAAAGAACUUCUGCUCCGCAUGGUAUUCAUACAUUUCUUUCAUUUCCCGAUCACUUUUUUGGAGUACGGACUAAAAAAGUGAAAGGAGCAUCAUGCAUCAUCCUCCCAAUGAAAAAGUUGAUCCAUACGGUUUCCAUGCAGUUAAUUCUCUGUUGAGAGCCAACUGGAAGUAGUGUUGCGAGGGAGAGAACAAGGACCUUGUUUCCAAAAGGAAUUCUCCCUCUGGGACUUAAACAGUGUUGUUGUUAAACGUGGUUUGUGCAUUUAAUGUCAAAUCUUUGCAUUUUGAUAACUCUGGAAUGAACUACAUAUUUGUUUAUUUUUUUUAUUUUUUGCAUCAUAGAAGAACAGUUAGAGGUAGCCCAUGCCACAGGUUGACACGGAGAAGGUGACUUAGAUUUUAGAUAAUGCCUGAUCAUUUUGUUUGACGUUUUGGGAAGGCUCCAAGUUUGCAUACAGCUGGAUUUUUAUCAUGUGUAAUUUGAGCUUUUUUUUGCAGCAUGUACUUGCAAUGAAAACAACAGUUUGAUAGUUGUAGUUCCAGUUGUAGCCUGCCAUUUACUGUAUUUUAAAACCAAAGUAUUUAAGCAGAAUUCAACAUCAUGCAUUCAGAAAAAAAUAAAAAAAAAUAAAAAUAAAACGUAAAUAUAUAUAUAUCUGAGAUGAAAUCUGACCUAUUUGGAAUUGAGUUGCAAUAAACUUGUAGCAAAUUAUAGAUCACAUAUUGGAAUCUAUCUAGAACGCUAAUUUAACAGGCACCCAUCAUGGCUUUGCUGAAAACUAAAGCAUAUAAUCUUAUUUAGAUAUAUAUUGUCAAGCAGGACUGUUUUCUUUCUUUCUUUCUUUUUUUCUUUCUUUUUUUUUUCUUUCUUUCUUUCUUUCUUUCUUUCUUUGUUAUUAAUAAAUUCAUUACAUGGCGAUAAUGUAGUAAUUGAUAUUAAAAUGUCUGGACAUUGAUUUAUGGUCAGGGAUUGAUACCCUGCUUGUAUAAAAACAGGAUAUACAGUUCAUCAAUAAAUUUUUUAAAACUGUUGUUUUUUUUCAUAUAUAUUUUGCUGUGCAAAAUUAUUUUACUCACUAACCAUAUGUGAUGUUCAUAUAUGCUUAUUUUAAUUUCAUACAAUUAUAUGAUAUGCAAUAAAAUGUUAUUUGGGCC